CCAAGGCACUUCAAAACAGAGUUUUGUAAGGAAAAAGUCUUCAGGUUUCUUUCAACUCCUAAGAAAAGUGCCCACUUCACAAAAUCUGUAGAAGUGCUCUUAGAAAUGAAUCAGUCCAUGAAUAUACGCAUUCAAACCCCUUCUCCAUCUCUGCUCCUGCCACGAGCAAAAAGCUCUUCUCGCCGGAUGUGUCCUUGCUUAGGAGUGCAACUGGAGACUUGUGCCAGUUCAAAUUUGUCUAAAACAUCCCUAGUUGCUAGAGGUUCCUUGAUGUUGUGUAAGAUGCAACCUAUCUUCAAUGAGUCCUUAACAAAAAUUUAUUCUUCGAAAAUUGGAGCAUUAGUGACGUCUGGAGCUCCAGAAGUAUCAGACACCCUGGUUGUUGGUGAUGAUAAGAUUGGAGUGUUAUUACUGAACCUUGGAGGCCCUGAAACUCUCGAGGAUGUUCAACCCUUCUUGUUCAACCUUUUUGCUGAUCCAGAUAUUAUACGAUUGCCAAGACUGUUUCGCUUUCUUCAAAAGCCAUUGGCGAAAUUCAUAUCCAUUGCUAGAGCCCCAAAGAGCAAAGAAGGAUAUGCCUCAAUUGGUGGUGGUUCUCCUCUUCGUCAGAUAACUGACGCUCAGGCUGAAGUGUUGAGAAAGGCACUAUCUGAAAAGAAUGUCCCUGCAAAGGUUUAUGUAGGGAUGCGUUAUUGGCAUCCAUUUACUGAAGAAGCUAUUGAACAGAUUAAACGAGAUAGAAUAACAAAACUUGUGGUACUUCCUCUGUACCCUCAAUUCUCAAUAUCAACAAGUGGUUCAAGCCUAAGACUACUGGAAAGCAUAUUCAGGGAAGAUGAAUAUCUUGUCAGUAUGCAGCACACUGUAAUUCCUUCCUGGUACCAACGUGAAGGAUAUAUCAAAGCCAUGGCAGAUUUGAUUGAAAAAGAGUUGAGAAACUUUGAGCACCCUGAGGAGGUGAUGAUUUUUUUUAGUGCUCAUGGGGUGCCACUAGCGUAUGUGGAGGAAGCUGGUGAUCCAUAUAAAGCCGAGAUGGAGGAAUGUGUGGAUUUGAUCAUGGAAGAGCUGGAAAAGAGAAGGAUAAACAAUGGAUAUACUCUUGCAUAUCAGAGUAGGGUUGGACCAGUGGAAUGGUUGAAGCCCUAUACAGACGAGAGAAUUAUUGAGCUUGGACGUAAAGGAGUUAAGAGUCUUUUAGCUAUCCCAAUUAGUUUUGUGAGUGAACAUAUUGAAACAUUGGAGGAAAUAGACGUUGAAUACAAGGAGUUGGCUCUAAAAUCUGGUAUAGAGAAAUGGGGACGUGUUCCUGCACUUGGUUGUGAACCUACUUUCAUUUCAGAUUUGGCUGAUGCAGUGAUUGAAAGUCUUCCAUAUGUUGGAGCAAUGGCUGUCUCAAAUCUCGAAGCUCGACAGUCUUUAGUUCCACUUGGCAGCAUCGAAGAGUUACUAGCCGCAUAUGAUUCACAGCGUAGAGAGCUACCACCUCCUGUGACGGUUUGGGCGUGGGGUUGGACAAAAAGUGCUGAAACUUAAUGGAAGAGCGGCUAUGUUGGCCAUCCUUGUUCUGCUGGUGCUGGAAGUGACCACUGGAGAAGGUUUUCUGCAUCAGUGGGGUAUAUUGCCCUUAUUUCGAUGACAACAACUUUUCAAAUCCGUCCCUCCCUUCCUCUUAUCUUCUGAAAACAAUUGCCCUAAAGUUCAGCAUUCACCGUGAAACUGGGGGAUGAUUAAAGAUAAUUUGAAUUUUUAAUAUAGAUAUGAAGUAGUCAGAUUCUGAGAACAAGACCUGUACAUAAGCUAACACAUUGGCUUGUAUAUCAAUUCAUUCCAAGCUUCAGCUGCAUUCUUCUUGCAGCUCUUGAAGAGCUUCCAAUACAGCUCAGCCUAUAAAAUGGGAAAAAGGGAGGGUGGGAGAAGAGAAGGAAAUGGAAAAACUUGGAAGUAUGUAAUAUUUUAAAGAAAAUAUAAAAUAGCUCAAAAUUUGAAGAUCAUUUGGCUUUCUCAUAUUAAAGAUCAAUUCUUCCCAUUCUUCCACUUCUCUGUUUAUCUCCAAUUUUAUUAUUCGAUGUUACGUGAAUCUGCUAUGAGAAAAAGAAACAAAUGGUGUCUCUUCAUAAGCAUUUUCAUUGUCAUUUUGAUAUUCCUUCAAUAACUUGUAUUUUGUUGAAAAGUUGUACUCCUGGCCACUGUCUUUGAAGUGCAAGACAUGGACACUCCAAUUUUCCCUUUAUUGUCUUGUUAUCACUUUU